AUGGAGACUGAGAUGGGUUUCACUGUAGCAGCCGUUGCUUUGCUCAUCGCUCUGAAUCCAGGCGCCCUGUGUGAGUCCUGGGCCGUGGCUCUGCCCCGGAGCCUCGUGGGCGUCGGCGGCUCCUGCCUCGUCGUCCCUUGCAGCUUCAGCGUCCCGAGGGAUCAGGAAGCAAAGAUCCUGGGCUGCUCAGACGGCGGCGUCUGGAGGAAAGGGGACCUGACGGGACCUGUCGUCCUCAACGCUCUCCACCCCUUCACCAACGUCAUACAAGUUCUCGGUGACCUGACGCAGAAGAACUGCACCACAAUGUUCCACAGCUUCCCAAAGAAUUACAGCGACACCUACUUCCUGCGGCUGAACUGCCCCGACGUGAAGUACACGUUCGCCACUGGCGUCGCCAUCGCGGCUCUGGGAGCCUUUUAUUGGGUCCGAGCGCCUUCAGACUGCGUCCUCCCCCUCCAGCCCCGCCUCCCCCCCCGGCUCACCCCUGCGGGGGUGCUGACGGCCGGGGCCCCCGUGCGGCUGCGGUGCUGGGCCCCUGCGCCGUGCCCCCUGCGGCCCCCACCCUCCGCUGGCUGCCCCCCCACGGCUCCAGGCGGGAGGACACUCACGUGCUUCAGGUGCCUCAUUGAACGCUGGCUGCCCCCCACCCUCCGCUGGCUGCCCCCCACCCUCCGCUGGCUGCCCCCCACCCUCCGCUGGCCGCCCCCCCACGGCUCCAGGCAGGAGGACACUCACGUGCUUCAGAGCGCAGACGGACACGUGACGAUGACGUCCACCCUCACCUUCGUCGCCUCCGCCGACCAUCACCAGCAGAACCUCAGCUGCUCCGUCUCCUACCCGCUGACGAAGGGCGGCAGCACCGAGGCGUCAGUGCAAACGCAGAGACUCAACGUCCUCUAUGCUCCCAGAUUCACUGUGGCGACGCUCUCCACAUCAGGUCCCGUUCCUGAAGGACGCAUUGUGACGUUCACAUGUUCCAGUGACGCUAAUCCAGCUGUGAGCCGCUACAUCUGGUACAGAGACGACGGUGGAAACAUGCUUGCGAUGGGUGAAGGGAGAAACUGUGGUUCUACCAGUGAACCAGAGGGACCGAGGGCUUUAUCUCUGUGAGGCCCACACCUCCAGGGGCUCCCAGAGGUCCAGGCCCGUGUCUCUGGAGGUCAGCGGUGCUUCAGGUGAGGCCGAGUUCUGGUUGAACAUGAAGGUUGCGUAACGCUGUGAAGCACAGCUGGUGGCGUUGCGUAAAGCAGCAGAGUUACAUGAGCAGCAGGUUUUAGUGGUUGUGGGUGGAGCAGAGCCACAAAGGCCAACGCUGCAAAAACAAAAGCUGUUUGUUUGUUUGUAACCUCUGGUUUCUGUCCUGAUCCCCGGUCCAGGUUCCUCUGAGUAUUCAUUCAUUUAUCACUACAUCGUGUCAGGAGUGAUGCUGGUUCUCUACAUCAUCACAGUUACUGGGAUUGUUUUCAAGCACAGAAGGUCAGAAUAGGCAUUAGUUUGCAGCUUUGCUCUGUUUUCUCAUGUUAAACACGUUGAGGCUCAGACUGAGGCUAAAAGGCUGCAGCAGCUCUGGCUCCUCCUCUUCCUGUGAUGAUGCUCAUUGUUUUCUUUGCUCUUUGGUCGCUGCUUCAGCUGCUGGCUUUGCUUCAUUCAUUCAUUCAUUCAUUCAUUCAUUCAUUCAUUCAUUCAUUCAUUCAUUCAUUCAUCUGACUAACC